AUCCUAUCCACACUUCAAACCCUUCCAAAUACCCAAAUCACUAGACCAUACGUCCAGCGCAAUCAAAAUGACCGACUCCCCACCCUUUUUCACCUACAAGCUCAUUCCCUCGACCUCACCGGUCCGCGAACCCCUCCCGGACCGACUCCCCGUCAGCGAGCUCGACAACCAAUCCGGCUUCAUCCACCUCUCCACCGCCUUCCAGGUCCCCAACACCCUCAAGCUGUUCUUCAAGGACGAGCCCCUCGUGUAUGUACUGCGCAUCCCCUACGAUAACGUGCAGAAGUACAUCAAGUGGGAAAAUCCCGAGGGGACGGUGUGCGGGUCGAGGCCGAAGGAAGGGUUGUUUCCUCACUUGUACAAUGGCCUUAAGCUGGGUAAAGAUGAGGUAGAGAGUAUAGCUAUCUGGACGAAUGAGGAUGGGUGGGAUAAAGCGUUGAUGCAGGCGAAGCCGUGGUUAUUGUAUUGAUCCUGAUUUGGGUUGUCUGUCGGGGUCGCAGCUGUUUCCCUUGCUGGGACUGCAAAUUCGUGUUGUCGAUGUUAUGAACAAGGGGCAGAUUUUUCUAAUUCUAUGCUAUGGUUCGGUUCUGUGGAACACAAAGGCCAAAUCCAGACUCAUGUGCGGGAUUGUAGUAUGUAUAAGAUAGUCCGGUUUGCUGAACAAACAUGCUUCCCCCU